UGAAACCCGGGACCGCCAUCUCAGAGAAGAGGACAUGGGGAGCCAUCACGCCAAAGAGAAAAGCCCUCAGGGUUUUGAUGCAGACCGAGAUGCCAAAAAGCUGUACAAAGCCUGCAAAGGAAUGGGGACGGAUGAGGCGGCCAUCAUCGAAGUCUUGUCAAUCAGGACAUCGGAGGAGAGGCAGCAGAUAAAGCAGAAGUACAAGGAGAAGUACGGCAAGGACUUAGAGAAAGUGCUCAAGAGUGAACUGAGUGGAAACUUCGAGAAGACAGCCUUGGCCCUUCUGGAUCGCCCCAAUGAGUACGCCGCCCGGCAGCUGCAGAAAGCCAUGAAGGGCGUGGGCACCGAUGAAGCUCUGCUCAUAGAGAUUCUGUGCACCAGGAGCAAUAAGGAAAUUGUCGCCAUCAAAGAAGCCUACCAAAAGCUAUUUGGCAAGAGCCUUGAAACUGAUGUCAAAGACGAUACAAGCGGAAAUCUAAGAAAGAUUCUGGUGUCUCUGCUCCAGGCCAGUCGAGAUGAAGAAGAUACCGUGGACAAAGAUCUGGCUGGUCAGGAUGCCAAAGAUUUGUAUGAUGCAGGGGAAGGCCGCUGGGGUACGGACGAGCUUGCCUUCAAUGAGGUCCUGGCCAAGAGGAGCUACAAGCAGUUGCGUGCUACCUUUCAAGCGUAUCAGAUCCUCAUUGGCAAAGCCAUGGAAGAAUCCAUCGAAGAAGAGACAUCGGGAGACUUGAAGAAGGCCUAUUUAACUAUAGUGAGAUGUGCCCAGGACCUUGAGGGCUAUUUUGCUGAACUACUGUACAAGGCCAUGAAGGGUGUGGGGACAGACGAGGAGACACUAAUUCGCAUCAUUGUGACCAGGGCUGAGGUAGACCUUCAGGGGAUAAAAGCCAAGUUCCAGGAGAAGUAUCAGAAGUCUCUCUCGGACAUGGUUCGCUCAGACACCUCUGGGGACUUCCAGAAGCUGCUGGUGGCUCUUCUGCACUGAGUCAAGCCAGAGCAUCAGGAAUUCGGGGAAAGGCCACGUCAUCAGGAUCCUUCAACAUAACACAUCAAAUGCACACACGGGGCUUUUACGAGAGACCCUUCACCUCCUGAUUCGUGUCCUCAGCAGGCACCGUAAGGUGCCCCAAGGCCAAACAGUUCAAGUCAAUGGCAGCAUCCUCCAAAUGCUUGAGCAGUUCACCUUGAAUGCUGGCUUAGCAAGAACCUAAACUGCCUCUCAAUCUUCCUUUAGCACUAUAAGUGAAUGCUUUCUAAGCACAUACGAAAUCAGCAGUUGGUGAUAAAAACCAUGAACAUUCAUAAUAAAAUGUUUAGAAAAUUAUAUGCCUCCCAGAUGUAUCGAGCCAAAGCAGAGAUUAAAUGGCUAAAGCGGAGUAAAGACAAGAUUAAACGGUUUGUUCAUCUCC